CCGUGGUAGAAACAACAGAACAACAGAGAAGAGAAAAACACUGCUAGGUCGACUUAUUUCCUCUAUGUAUUGUAUCUGUGUAAAGAUUGUGCAUUCCCAAUUCAUUGGUAGGGCUGAUUCCUGGUUUUGCAGCUGAUUUUAAGAUUUGCUGAGGCUGUGUCCAGGUAGUUAGAUCUAUUUCCAAGGGGAAUGAAAGUGGACCAAUAUCAAACACAUUUCAUUGUUGAGGCUGUUUAUCAGAAAGUGUAAAUUCUCUGCAAGAAGUGCUGCUGGAGAUUGAAGGACAAGGCUGUGUGGUGAUGAGGACAAAGACAAUACAGUCCAGGCAUGGAUUUGCAAAGAGAAAGAACUUUGAAGAUAGAGCAGUUUAUGACAAAUACAGGAACAGAUAAGAGUGAAGCUGUGGAUAUUCUUAGCAGAAACAAAUGGAGCCUUCCAGAUAGUUACAGGGAAAUUGAAGAAUUGUGUAUUUCAUCAGCUCGCAAUAAGUCUCACAAGUUUGAUGAAAAUGAUAAACAACAAAGCACAAGUUCGCCUCACCACAGAGCAAUUGAAAUGGGGCGUGGGGCUGCGGUGAACCUCGACAAGAAGGCAGCCCCAACUGGAAUGGUGGUUGUGAUGCCUCUGCAAGAGAAAACUAAUUCCCUUCCUCAGGAUAUGCGCUCGGUCUCCAAUGAUUCACACCUGUCGGUUAGACUACCACCAUCUGCAAACAAAAACGAACGCAUCAUACCUAUCCAGAUUCAAGGUGGCGGUAAAGGCAAUGCUGUCCAACCAAAUUCUGGACUUUACAAGCCUUCGUAUGCUGGCUCUCCUGUUGAUAAUUCCCGCCCAUCUCCCAGUCCCUCCCCAUCGCCUACAUACAGUGGUCACCCUGCUGGUUCACGGGGAGGCCCUUCAUAUCCUCAUGCACGCUCUGUCAUUGACGAAAUAGUUUAUCCGACACGCCCUUCCAUGGUGCCCCCUCCGAUGAGCAAGGAACAGGCCCUGGAGCUUCAAGAGAAUGAUGAUGUCUUUGAUGACAAAAGUAUGAAGAAGCCUCCAUCCACUAACUAUUACCCUCGUCUGAAGCGUGGCUUUUCCAACAUUUUAGAGAACGAAGGUUUGGUGUCUGAAGCUCGCCACAAUGUUCAAGUAGACAUAAAGAAGGACAGCCAUGACCACAUGUACACUCAGUCAUUUGUACUACCUGACCUCACAGCUUAUACCGAAGACUUCAGGGCCUUUCUAGAGAAAGAACUUGUAGAGACCUCAACUCUAGUGUCUUUGGAGCAAGCAGGGCGUCUCAAUUGGUGGGCAGAGUUGCGACUGUGUCAGCGCUUGCUCCCCAUGGCUACCAGUGGUGAUGGAAACUGUCUCUUGCAUGCUGCAUCCCUUGCAAUGUGGGGCAUUCAUGACAGGCAGUUGAUUCUAAGGAAGGAGCUCCAUGAGACACUGACCAAAGCCCACUACAAAAAUGCUUUGUACAGACGAUGGCGAUACCAGCAGACAAUGAGCAAUAAAGAGUCGGGACUAGUUUUCAGCGAAGCUGAGUGGAGUGAAGAAUGGGAAAACAUCCUACGUCUGGCGUCCCCUCUUCCAAGGGGUGCCCCUGAUCCCACCCGCUCCAAUAACUGCUGUGACAGUGCAGUUACUCAAGGAAGUGAGGAGAGUGUGGUCUAUGAGAGUUUGGAAGAGUUCCACGUGUUUGUACUGGCACAUGUGCUGCAGCGACCAAUCAUCGUUGUGGCUGAUGCCAUCCUGCGCGACUCGAGUGGGGAAGCUCUGGCCCCUAUUCCUUUCCCGGGUGUCUACCUGCCCAUGGAAGUGGCCAAGUGCUUUCGCUCUCCUCUUCUUUUGACCUAUGAUGCGGCUCACUUCUCUGCCCUGUGCCCGAUGGAGCAGGAUCACAAAAGUCCUGUUAAACUUCCAGCUGCCAUUCCCCUUGUGGAUCCGGAACUGAAGUUGUUGCCUCUGCACUUUUAUGUGGACCCAGGACCUCAUGUAGACUGGAGCAAAAACUUGGUCCUGGAGCCUAGCCUGGAGGACAGAAUCAAUCUGCUGCAAAAGUUUAUGGAAGUUGAGCGCAUCCCUUUUCGAACCACUGACCUCAACGGUGACAGUGAUCGUGGUUCAUGUGGUUCACAAGACUCGGACGAAAGUGGUGCCAUCCUACGUGACAAGGACAAGAAGAAAGAGGAUAAAAAGAAAGAUGCUCGCAUGUCACAGCAAAUGCAGUCUGUUGCUAAACAGUUUGGUAGCAUUGGAAAGAGCAUGGGGAAAAAGUUGAAACAGCUUGGAAAAAGUGGGAAAGGAGAUAAACCACGACGUCCAAGCGUUGGCAAUGAGAUAACGCAGAGCACAAGAGUUAUCUCCUCUUUUGCAGGAAGUCAAGGCAGUGGUCGGGAUUUUGUUCUCGUCGCAAAUCUCUCGGAAAAACGAAGCCCCAACCACCAGAAAAUGAUCAAGAACUACUUGGAAGAUGCCAAGGAACGUUUUCAGAGGGACAGGGAGCUGAAGAGGAAAAGUGAUAUUGAACUGAGGAGUCGAGUCUCCAAUCCCAGUUCGGUAUGCGGCACACCUGGUUGUAACGCUUAUGGCACUGCUCAGAACGGUUAUCUGUGCGGUUCAUGCUACAGCGCUCAGCAGAGAGAGCAGAGCAUUCAGCAGCGGGCUGGAGGUCAAUACAUAUACAACACUUUUCCCGGCAGAGCUCGACUGCCAGCUGGUGGCACGUAUCUGGCUCCGGAAGAAAUAUUCCGCUAUGGAAAAUCCAAAUUCUACACAUCAAGUAAUGAAGAUAUAAAUGAGCCUGCGCAGCCUGUGAACCUGGCUGUUUCUAGUAUGGAUCGUCAGACUUCGCAGUCCCACAACAAUGUGAACUAUCCCAGAUGCCCUUCUCCAGACUAUGACAAUGCCAGCUCUGGCCAGCUAAGGGUCAAUAACAGCAGUGUUCCCAAUAACCAGCAAACUGUCAACAGAAUGUCUGAAGAUAAAUGCAGAAAUCCAAACUGCAGCUUUUUUGGAAGAGCGGAAUGGUCGGGCUUCUGUUCAAAAUGUUGGACUGCUAUAAAACCUGCCAGCAAUUCUGUGCGAAGCAGUACAAAGUUGUAAUCAAGAUCAAAUUGAAAAAAACAAAAAAAACAACCCUUUUUUUCUUCUUGAAAGUGUUUUGCCACAGAGGUUUUUUAAAUUAAGUUUUGAGCUCUUAAGGUAAGAUUUUAACGUGAAACUUUGCCUUCGUUUUUUCUUUGUUAUUAGUUCUUUUGCAGUGUGAUGCAUUGGGUGUUGUUUUGUUGCCAAAUGCAACUGAUGUUCAUGUUGUCAUUGUUGGCACAUUGGCUGUGAAAUGCACAUCAAAUUCAAGUUGUAAACUGAGUUCAUGCAAGGUUGCAACUUGCAGACUUUGAUAGGUGCAUGUGUGUUACAUUAGAGUUUCUUUGUAGAGCUGGUAUUCUUAAGUAUUUUUUUUUCCCCUUGUGCAAAGAAGUAUGUAAAUAUUACCUUUCUUGCCAUUGGCUGCUUGUGUGAAAGCUCACUCUCUUUUGUGGAAUCUGGGAAGAUAGCAAAGCUUGUUGGAAUUUCAUAUCUUUCUGUUAAGCUUUCUUUUUCUCUAAUUUUGUACAUAUUGUAACUUAUUUAUUGGGUCAAUGUUUCUUCAUUUCUCCACUGAGGGAAAAAUGAUGACAGAAUGAAUGUCAUGAGAGAAAAA